GUCCCUCCCUUGGCAACCGAUUGGGAAGCUAACUUCAGCGUAGUAAAGUUACAUGUACCAAUAAACUAUAUUCAAAUAGCUAGCUAGCUAAACUAGCAGUGAGCUACCCAGACACUUAUCUAUAUUGUUACUUAGCUUAGGUUUAGCUAACGGCAUCAAGUUUACAUUAUGGAGGUUUUACGUCCAACUAUUAUCAAUAUAAAUGGAAGAAUGUACCGAAAAAAUAUCAUUAAGGAAGAACAUUAUGAGGAGGAAGAGGAUUUCUCCUACAUGGGGCAACAAGAGAGUGAAGACCUAGCAGAAGAUGAAAUCUGUGAUACCCACUCAAUUGAUAAGACUGAAAAAGGAUACCGCUGUGCCAUUGAUGUCCCAAGUGUUCUUUACAAAUACAUCAUUGGGAAAAAAGGAGAGACACGCAGACGUCUAGAGUCUGACACAAAGACAUCUAUCAGCAUCCCCAAACAAGGAGUGGAAGGACAGAUUGUUAUCACAGGUUCCCAUAAAGCUGCAGUCUCGUCUGCAGUCACACGAGUUGAGGUCCUUAUCGAAAGUUUCCGGAGAAAGCAGCCUUUCACGCACUUCCUGUCAUUCCCUCUCAAUGAUCCUAAAGUUCAAGAAGGAUUCCUGCAGUUUAAAGACGAUGUGUUGCAGCAGUGUUCACAGGAUCAUGGAGUAGAGGGAAGCAUCUUUCAGAACGCUGCAAAGCUUCACCUGACAAUCGGCACCCUGGCCCUGUUAAAUGAGAUGGAAGUGAGAAAAGCAUGUGAACACCUCCAAGAGUGUCAAAACUUCAUCAGGAACAUCACAGAAGGAAAACCUCUGCUGUUGGAGGUGACAGGUAUAGAGUACAUGAAUGAUGACCCAGCCAUGGUGGAUGUCUUGUAUGCCAAAGUCAAUGUGAAAGACAGAUCUGACAAGUUGCAGACGAUUGCAGACCAGCUGGUAGAGCACUUUGUCUCUAAAGGGCUGAUGGUCAGAGAGUGGGACAGAGUGAAGCUGCAUGGCACUGUGAUAAACACGCUGUUCAGAAAGGACUCCACAGUUGAAGACACAGGCGGCCCAGGAAGACAAACCAUGAGCGAUAGAGAGGCUUUUGAUGCCAGAAACAUAUUAAAGAAAUUUGGUGCUUAUCGUUUUGGAGAGUUUGAGCUGAACACUGUUCUGCUGUCCCAGAGAUAUUCGACAGACUGUACGGGCUACUACACCUCUGCAGGGAGCGUCAACUUCUCAUGAGCUGCCACAGAGCUGAGCCUAUUCUGAGGUCAUUGAUCAACAUGGGAGCAGGAAGUGAACAGAAAGUGUUCACCGGUUUUGGCUGAUGACGGAGCACUCAGCGGACAGUAAAGCACUUUGGGAAACCAGUUUCCACCAGAUGAUGAACAUGAAUGGAAUUACAACAAAGAGAUAUUUCAUCUUUGCUGAAUCUUUUGUUGAAAUGAGCUGGGGGAAAUUACCAUUUGUUUGGGUUGUUUUUUUCCUUCAUGGUGGCGGAAGGUGCUACAUUUUAAUAUUCUGUAUAAAUUUGACAGGAAUAAAUAACUGUGCAAAGCA